AUGAAAGCUUAUGAUCCAUUGUCGAUUGCACUGCGCGUUGCACCUCGAUAUAACGGCAGUUUAGAUCCCCUAUAUCUAGGAUUCCAUGAGAAGAAGAAGAUGUACUGGGAGCAGCUGGAGCAGCGUCGACGCCUCCUGUACCGCCGCGCGCAGCCCCCCAACGCCUGCUCCUGCUGCGACGAGUACGGCUUCGUCCCUCCGUCAGAAGUCUACCCGUGGGGCCUCUGGGACACCCUGGACGAAAGGUCAGUGGAGGCCGAGACACGGUCGGAUAUAGAUGUAGAUACAGAUAAUGUAGAACGUCUGACAGAUAUAGAUGUACAGAACAGACAACCAGCUAACUACCCUAAGGACCUGCUUAACGAGGCUGUUGAGGCGUCGCUCGUUCCCUCUUUGUCUUUGUCGCUCCGUUGGCUCGAGUGGUUUCCGGGGUCCUCUCGCUGGUCGUUAUACCUGGGUGGUCGUGGUUUGGGUUGCGUCAUAUUUCUUUCGGUACUGGGCGGGGGGUCAGUUCUACUCGUCGAACGCCUCUCGCUCGGCCUGGCGCGGCGUCUCCGCAGGGCCAAGGACCCUGUGCUCCUGGGGCGCGCCUGGGGCCCCGGCGGCAGGCCGCGACCCCGGGGGAGGGCGGCGCCGGCAACACCGGGGAGAACAACCAAGGGUAAGUUGUGUUGCGGCCGCUGUGUCAAGAGUGUGCCAGGCCCGACCCGAUCAAUCCUCAUAAAUACAGAUGCAGAAAUAAAGGCCGCCUGUCCAUUAAGCUUUCAGUCAAGAGUCUCCAUGAAAAAGUCACUUCAGUUGAGCAGGAGCAAAACAGGUGAAUGUCGAAAUGCGUCUUUAGAGUUGAGCGGCGAGGAGACCCAGGCGCAGGUCACGGGCGUCCUCCUGCGUCCCUUCCUCCCGCGGGGUCUGGAGGGCCGCCUCGGGUUCCGGCGCCAGCACGCGGCGUCCCACCACAGCCGCCGGCCGCUCUCUGACCCGGGGGUGGCCCUGCAGCUGCCCCGCUACCCGCCGCCCUUCACCGAGGCUUACCUGCCUCCCAUGGCUUACCAGGAAGCCUUCCCGCGCUACAUGUGGGGCCCUCCUCCGCCCUACUCCCAGCCCACCUCCUCUGAAAACCUAACCAUGCAGAUGUCCCCCCACCACCACCCCAACUCGCCCACGUCCCCGACAGCGCUUCAGGGCCUGGUGGCGCAGGCCAUGAGGUCCUCGCCCGCCCACCGGCCUCCCACCCUGGCCGACCUGAUGCACGGGCCGGCCAGCCCCACCAGCAACACCCUCUCCUCCCCCAGCGACGACUCCGAGGUCCUCAGCUCCCCGGCGCAGAACCAGCGCCCGGGACGCAGCCGGCACAAGGGCGGCGCGGCAGAUCAGGGGGGCACCCUGGGCGGCUCCAGCUCUCUCCCUUCUCGCCAUCGCACGAGAAGGCUGCCCUUGGGACACGUCAAGUCACUCGGAGAUGUGAAUGAACACAAACACGAUGAGCCUCUCGAAGUUCUGUUCUGUGAUGGCAAAGACAUUACACCCCUUGAUAAGUUCCACACUCAGGCGGACGUUCAGCGCGAGGGUUACCGUAGCAAGCACAUUAAGAGCAUUAGUGAUCCUAAAGUGGUUUACACGAGUGGGAAAAUGGAACAAGAAUCUGAAUUGUAUUUUGCUGAUGUGUCUUCUUGUGUUUCAGUAAGACAAGAUGGUGAUGAAACUUUGUAUUACUCAGAACCAACAAGUUCAGCAAGUCAGAACACACCUUCUCCAAGUGAUAAAGAUAUAUUGGACGCCUCUGUAAAUCACACAUACGAGCAGGUCCGUGAAAAAGAUGAUGAUAGUUCUCAUCACGCCUCUGACGAUACUAUGAUUGUCCACACAUCUUCGUCAGACCACAGCCUUGCUGCAGAAACCGAGAAUACCUACAGUGUUGUUUCUCCCCUCACAGACAUGUCCAGCACCUCACCCAUGAUUACUGACACAGAUGCCUAUUCAUGUUACACCCCCACUACAUCAGGUCCCUCUCCAUCAACACCAAGCCAGAGAGAGAUAACACCCACAACCCCUCAGUCAACUUUUAACCAUAAUUUAACCCUCCAUCCACUCAGGCAACUACACCCUCUACACCCUCUUCACCCAGUCCACCACAUCCACCAUAUACACCCAGGAGGAAGGACUCAUGUUAAUGACAAUGAUCUGCCACAGUCAGCGGAGCCUGAUGGAGAUCAGGAAGUGGAGCACUGUUACGAAACGCUUCCCGGGUGCGAGGCAGAUUCCGCUAGUGCGCCAGUGACCUCCGCGUCCAUGGAGACGCAGCAGGAAGCCUCGCCUCUGCAGGACGCUUCAGACCUUAAUGGCAACGUUACCCUCACGGAAGCUAUUGUUCACAUGGGGCCUUCUCUUACUGAUAGCGCGAUUCCUAGCUUACCGAGUGCUUCGAGACCUUCUAGGGCAAACUUGUCACUGCCUCUUCGACGUGUCCUCUCCUCCUCAAACGCCCACACGGAAGAAGCCACAGAAGACACUCCUACGCCUGAUGCUGAGAUGCUUUCCCUGGAGCAAGGGCGCAGUGCAGGAGGUCGGCGCUCCGGAGGGGGUGAGAGGAUGUCAUAUCAUAGCUCAGAGCCAAACACACCAGCGGAGCGGAGAAUACACUCUGUCCAAGAUCUUUUGUUUACUCUAAAAUCUGUGAACGUAUAAAGGUUAGAGUAAGCUCAGUAGUAUUUAUUAAGUUACACAUUGCAAUGUUCAUGUAAAUAUUUUUUUCGAGAAAAGUUCCAUUAUAUUAAGUGUUGGAAACUAUGAUGGAUACUGGAUUGCAACUGUAGUAGAGAGCAACAUUAGUUCAAAAGAUUAACAUUUUCCAGAUCUAAGCAGGCAAGGCUAUAUGGAUUCAAAGUAUAAUUGAAUAUCUAUGCAAUUCAUGUGUUCCACUUCUUGACUGUAUGUGCAACAUUUGGAACACCUGAGUGUGGGAAAUAAAAUUCCAGAUUCUUAGAUUUCUUAGGUUCACCUGAAACGACAUUUAGAAUAUAUUUUCCAUACACAUACACAUACAUGCAACUUAAAGUCAGAAGCACAGUAUAAUUAUGGGCGAAUGUGCAAAAAAAUGUUAUACCAUUUUAUAAUAACAUUUUAUGAUAAUUUAAAGCUUUCACAUUUAGUAAAAUGUGGUACGCUCUACGUUUUAUUUGUACUUCCUUGAAUUGUGCAAGCAGACAUUAAAUGUAGCUUUUCACAGUCUCAAAAGACAGUCGUUAAUGAUGUAGAUAAACAGAAACGAUAGCAAUGCUGCUUCCAUCUUUUUCAGACAGUUAAAUCUAGAGUAGCUCAGGAACUUCACAAGAUGUUAUUACUGUUUUGAUGGCAUUCAUUACCACUAAAGGAGAUUGUAUUUGUUGUAUUUUUGGUAUGAAUGAGCAAGGGGAUUGGCUGUUGAAUAGAUUGUGAUACUCGUCAAGAAAAAUACAGUCGGCUUACUGUAGUGCUGUACAACAAAACUUCAAAUAAUGCAGAUGCUUUGCAACACCAGGCACAGGCAGGAAAGUGUACGCCAAAGUUUUAUUUAAAUAUUUGGUUUUAACAGAGUACUUUUUCCAAAUUACCAUAGGUACCAUAUGCAAUGAU